AUGGCGACGACUACGGCAGUUACCGCAGUGACGGAAGCUACGGCUGUGAUUCUGGGAGCUACUGGAGCGGUUGGAACGCCACUUCUUGGGCAGCUGGUUAGCGAGUCUUCGCCGUACACGCGUGUGGUGUCGUUUGCACGACGCGAGCAUCCUGCGCCACCCUCAUCGGGCAAGGUCAAGUUCGAAGAGGUGGUGGUGGAUUUCGAAAAGCUCUUCCAGAAAGACGUCUCGGAACAAGCCAAGUUCGCAGACAUCAAGGCAGAUGCGGUAUUCAUCACGAUGGGAACCACACGUGCCGCGGCUGGAUCCGGUGCUGCAUUUGAAAAGAUCGAUCGAGGCUAUGUGCUUGCUGCUGCCAAAGCGCUGCACGACCCCAAGCAUCCAGCCACGAUGGUCUACUGCUCGAGUGGAUCAGCAAGCAGCGCAUCUCGAUUCCCUUACCUCAAGAGCAAAGGUUUGACCGAAGAAGGUCUGGCCAGUAUGUAUGCCAAGACGAUCAUCAUACGUCCUGGAUUCCUGCAGAAUGCGCAGAGAAAGGAGUCUAGGGUGCUCGAAAGACUCUCGCAACCCUUGUUCAACCUCGGCGCAAAGAUCUCGGACAGCCUCCAGGCGGAUGUCAAGGACGUUGCUGCUGCCAUGGUCAAGGCAGCCCAACUUGGACCCGAGAAGCUCAACGACCAGGUACUUGCUACGCCACUCCCGAACAACUUCCGCCUUGAGCCAGAGGCGGCGGGACACCAAAUCGCCAUCGUCCUCAACAACCAUAUCCUCCAACUCACCCGUCCCCAGCAGUCUUCCUAA